GAGCCCGAUUGUGGGCAACAGCCCGAAGAUCAUUCGGAUGAAGAAGGUGUUGCCACGUAACACAAACAGAAAACUUAUUAUAGCCCAACAAUCACAAAACUAUGAAUCAACAGCAGCACAGCACUUGUACAAUAUUCAUCAAUGGCGGCAUUCAGAAAUGCAAUCUCUGUCGGAAAACAGGCAAACACUUCCCUAUUCUCACUUCCUCGUUUUCUCCGAACAACACCCAAUCAUAUCUCUGCUUCUAACCCUUUUCUCAGAUCAACCCCUUUGCCUCGUCAUCAAUCCGGUUUGAAAUUUUCGAUUAGGUCGAUAAAUGGAACAGCUGCGGAUCCGAUGGCUCCGAAGAAAGAAAAUCAAGAGCCAUCAUCACAGAGUUGGGAGAUUAAGAUGCUUUACGAUGGCGAAUGCCCGUUGUGUAUGAGAGAGGUUAAUAUGCUGAGAGACAGGAACGAAAAAUACGGAACAAUCAAAUUUGUGGACAUAAGUUCGGAUGAAUACAGUCCCGAAGAUAAUCAAGGCCUUGAUUACAAAACCGUAAUGGGUCGAAUUCACGGAAUUCUAUCAGAUGGAACUAUUGUAAAGGAUGUUGAGGCAUUCAGAAAACUUUAUGAAGUCGUCGGUUUGGGGUGGGUUUAUGCCAUUACCAAAUACGAACCUGUUGCCAGCAUUGCAGAUGCCGUUUAUGGAGUUUGGGCUAAAUAUCGUCUUCAAGUUACGGGUCGACCACCUCUAGAAGAAGUUUUGGAGACACGGAGGAAAAAGAAAGAAAUUUGUGAAGACGACAAGGUGUGUAAAAUGUAGAUGAUUAUAAUCACACGAACCCAAGAUAUAAGGUACAUUCUUGCUUCUAGUGCGAGUUGUUUUCUUACGUGCUUAUGUAAUGGGUCUAUUCAUAGUUAUAGUUAUGUUACGAUAAGAUCAGCCAAGAUAAGAUUAUGCAAUUUUGUGAAAAUUCAGAUAUAUUAUACUCAUGGGCUUGUUUUAUUUGGCUCUUCACAAAAAAGUUUUUUUUCGUUUUACAAGUAGGUGUGUGUAAAAGUGUGUAGUUGACAAAUAUACAUGUAUGGUGAAA